AUGUUGACGACGCAGGCAUCGACCAGUAAAUCUAGGAAGCAUGCUUCCACUGAAAACGACGAGGACGUGCAAGUACUAGAUCAAAUUCCUCAAAACAUUCAAGAAAACGCAGCAACAAAGGAACCCAAGAGUGCGGCUGCAAAGAAGAAAAAGAAGAAGAAACAUACUUCCAAGUCUAAUGGGAGUGAUGCUCAUGAUAGUGUGGAUGCCCAAAAUAUGAUGGAGGUUACUCCUACAGAGACAACCACUCAAUCAAUUCAUACAGUCAUGGGCACGUAUGCGCCAGUUAUAGAAACUCCUUCGAUACCAGACCCUCCUGCUUUGCUUGUUGAAGCAGUCAAGCCCAACACGAAGACGAGCAACUCAAAGAGUGCAUCGAAUGAAUCAAUUCAAGGUGAAGAUACAGUCAUGGAUGCCCCAGUCAUAGAAACUGCUUCUAUACCCGUAACACUGAUGGUUGAUAAACCCGUCAAGCCCAAGAAGAAGAAAAGCAAUUCAACGAGAGCCUUGAACGGAAAUCAAGAGUCGAAUGUUGUUGCUCCAGCCGUACCCGUUUCUGAUGAGUCCAAACCUGUUUCUGAAUCCACACCUAUAAUAUCGAAUGAGUCCUCUGGGCAGGCACGUCAUUUCGAACGACUCCAAGCGGCAUACAAUGAUUUGCAAGUGAAAUAUGAAGCUUUGAGAAUCAAACAAAUUGAUCAGCAUCUGGAAGCUCAGAUCCAGCUGAAGAAGGCAGCCGAGGAGAGAAUACAAUUAUCCGAACGCACUAUUACUACCCUCACGGAAGAAAAGGAGAAGAUUUCAUCAAAACUCGCCGAGGAAACCGAACGACGUAAAGAGCUAGAGGUCAAAUUACAAUCAAAUGGUGGCAGCAAGUUAAGCUCCUCGAAGCGAGUAACAGAGAAAGUAAUGGAACCAGAGACGGAGGUCAAGACCUCUAUAUCUCUCUCUGAAUUCAAGGCUUUGCGGAAAGAAUUGGAUGCUGCCAAAUCGAAAGCUGCAAGAGCAUCCGAACUUGAAUCAGAGAUAAAGCAGCUGCGCACCCAAGUAACUGAAUUGGAAUCUCUUCGCAUUCAAUUGGCAACUGCAAAUGAAACGAUUGCAUCCGUCACUGCCAAUGUCAGAACAAAAGACCAUAAUGAUCGUUAUGCGCUGACGCUGGAACGCAUGACUCGAUUAUAUGAGAGUUUUACUGGGUUGACUAUACAAUCAGUAGAGGAAACAAAUGUCGCGAAUGAUGAUGGUACUGGGGAAGCCAAGAUGCUGGUCCAUAAAGUCUGCCAGAAGGGCAAUCGUGGUGUAUUGAACUAUUUGUUCACGACAACACAAGAACCAACGCCCGAUGCCGUCUACACGUAUACACCAGUGAAUGCCGCCAAUCUUGAAGGGCUGCCACAGUGGUUGCGUCAAGAAAUAGAGCUAGAUGCCUUGCAGUCUCAAAAUUUCUUUUGGCGUACCAUUGAUUGGAUGCAAAAUCCACAGAAAUCAAUCGCCUAA